CACAGCAAUCAAGGAGUGACAGUGGAGGAAGACAAGAUGGUCCUCAGUCAGUCAUCAUCGAAAUCCAUCACCUGGUCCUCUGUCACAGCGGCACGCUGGGCAGGGGCAGGACGCACCUCACGCACACCCCCACCGAAACCCCCUUCACCCACAACAUGUUCUUCCAGAUGCCUGAGCGUACUCUCGAACUCCUGCUGCUCAUCAUCCCCCCCUCCAAACCGAGGCGGCUCUCUCUCCCUCGCCAGAUUGGCGCUCGCCGGCCGCCGCACCGGGAUGGCUGGCGGGGGCAGGGGCGUCGGCGGUGCGCGUGAGACUGAGAGCAUGGCGGGGGGCGGGGGGCGGGAGAGCCGUGUGUCGAUGAGAUCUUCGAGGAUCUGGGCCUUCAUGCGCUGCUUGGUCGGCCGGUCCACCAGACGGCCGCCCUGUGUGCCCUCGAUCCACCUGCGAUACGAUCACACAAACAGAAUAGAGAGCCAUGGUGACUAUGGAUGGAUGGAUGGAGGCAUACCUACCGUGUGGCCCAGUCUGUGAGUGUCUCCUCCCCCUGCAGAGGGGCGAGGGGCAGGCCGAUCGGAGGCACAUGCGGACGGGCCAUCAUCAUCCGCGGAGACACCGAUAGCCGCACCCUGAGUGAGUGCAGGAGACACACACAUCAAUCACACCAUUCCAUUCUGAGUGUGUGUGUUUGGAGGCCAUGUCCUGCCCUGUCCUGUCCUGCAUGCACUCCACUCCUACCCAGCUGUGGCAACCGGCUGCUCCCCUUCUCUCGGCGUCACCCCAUAGAAGACCAAUAUCGGGGCGUCCCCCGCCGCCCUCCCAUAAGCCGCACACGCCAGAAUAUGAUGAGUGGGCGACCACGCCACAGCCAUCACCGGUGCAGGCGCCCGCACCCUUGGCUGGUCGCUCUUCAUCUGACCCGAUGCCACCUCCCACAGCACCAGGCGGCCCGACUCGCAGCCAGACGCCACCAAGCGGCCAUCUGGUGAGAGGACGCUGCGAAUGGGGUGUGUGGUGCACUGGGAGCCGGCAAGGAUUUGAUCGAUGUGUAGCGACGCGUGGUGGAGCCUGGCCAUGCGGACGAGGUUGUCCUUGGUGUUGAGCAGCACGCACUGGUCGAGCGACGCUGCAGCUGGGGGCGAUCUGGGUGUGGGCGAGAGGGGUGCUGAUGAUGACAUCUGGGGCGGGGGGGUGGGUGCCAGCUGGAAGUGGUGCAGGGGGGUGCCGACCAGGUCGAGAUGGAGGAAGGAGCGGAUCAACGUCAGCUGCAGGGGCUCACCUGCACAUGCAACGAACGGCACACACACAUCCCUGCUGUCUGUCUGUCUGGGUGUGUCUGUCGCUCCCUCCCUCCCUCCCUCCCUGACCUUGAUAGAAGUGCAGUGCCCACAUGCACAAGGUCCCAUUGGACAGCGAGGCAUACAAAUGGUGCGGGCGGGUGGGGGCAAACCGCACACACAGCACCUGCGGGAUCCCUCCAUUCCCCUCAUCCCUCCCUCCCCGUGUGGGCGUCGGCGGCCGCACCCUCGUCCGCCCCGCUCCCAUAUCCCUCUCGUCCCACGCAGAGCCGAUGUCGGGCAGCGGCACUGACAGCAGCAACUCGCAGUGCCACCGCUCUUGCUGCAUGCGGCCGUGUGGAUGUUGUCCAUUUGGUGUAAAGUGGUAUGGCGAGUCGGGCGGGGGCGGGGGGGAUACUGGGGAAGAGAUGAGGGGACGGGUGGUGGGGGGUGCUGGUGCUGGUGACGUAAAGAGCGACGGCUGCUGGGGCUGGUCGGCCGCAGAGGACUUCCACACACGCCACAACUGACACAUAAGGAACAUAAGGACAAAGGGCAUCGCAUCACGUCUCCCCUCCCCUCCCUCUCCUCCCUCUGUGUCUCACUAACUUUGAUCCCGAAAUCAUAGCCCCCCACAGCCACGGUGAGUGUGGGGAAGGUCACGUGCCUCCGGCCUUCUGGCGGGGUGGCUAUGGCGUGUGCAGAAUACACAUAGCUGGGGUGGUACAGCACCACAUCCGGCUCGACCAUCGCCGAAGUGGCGGCGGUGUCAAGCAGUGACGACGUGCUGGGUGGCGGCCACUCGAAGACGUUGACGGUGCCGUCGCCCCCUGCACUGAUAAGCAUCGCCGCGUUCUUGGACAGAGCGGGAGGAGAGACGUCAUCCGAUGCCGCCUGUGGCUGCUGAGCACCUGCACAAGUGACCAAUCCAUGUCAACAUGUCUCUCUCCCUCUCUCUCCCUCUCUCCCUCUCUCCCUCUCCCUCUCACCGUGUCUAUACGAUUCGGGCGGCUGGCCUCUGAACGAUCGCAGGAAGUUUUUGAGCAACCCUACAGUGGCGCCCUCAGAUCUCCCCGAUCUCCCUGUGGUCGCGUCAAACUGGCCGGGGGGUAUCAUGGGCUCAUCAGGGGGCGGCUGCACCUCACGCAUCGACGGGGCGGCAGAUGAGGGAAGGGGACACCAGAUUAGGUCAUACACCAAAGCUUGAUGGCCUGACAGAAAGACAGAGGAGCAAGAAGGUGCAUAUUCAGGCGGAGGCGGGUGGUGUUCAUUCACCUUUCAGAACAGCGGUGAGGACGCCGUCACGCACACGGAACACGCGAAGGUCAAACCUGAGACAAAUGACGAGGAGGCGGCAUCCAUAUAUCCCAGCUGACAUUCUACGUCUCUCCCUCCCUCCCUCCCUCCCUCCCUCACCUGUUCCUCCUGGCCACGGCGGCAGCAAGGAACUCCCCCUGGGGAUGGAAGGCUAGCCGCGAGCACCCGCUCUCCGCCGUCGGCAACUCGUAAGCAAGUCUCUCGGGCACCACGCACAAUGUCCCAGCCUCCCGCCUGGCCUCGUCCAUUGGUAUCAGCUCCUCCACCCCCGCUCUCUCCUCCCUCCCCUCCCUCACGGCCCUGGCCGUCGGCAAAGGCAGCUUCCUCGGCUCCUCCCUGCUCUCCAUCACAUACCGCAUUGUGUCUGAGGUGAUGUCGAGGGCUUCCAUCGCCAGCUGAGUGGGGAUGAGGUCGACGGUGAGGGUGAGAGUGAAGGGGGCCGGCUUCUUGCGCGGCCACACGUACUCAAAGUAGGCGACGGGGGCUGCGGGACCGGCGAGAGCGCCUGGUGAGGACGUGUCGGAGAGGGCGGCUGGGUGGGAGAUGAGGUGGGGGGCGUUCUCGGAGGGAGGGGUGUAGGCAUAUCGAUAAAGGGUCAGCCUGACACACCACAACACACCGCCCAGCACACCACAUUCAUUAUCGGGUGUUUUGUUUCUCCUUCUGUCUGUCUCGUGUGGCACGCACCUGAGCUUUCUCCUGAGCGUCCUGAGUGCAGGCUUCCCAUCGUCCUUCUCCCCUCCCCGAUCCCCCCUCACGAGUGUCCCCCCUUGCGCCCUCCUCUGUCCCCUCAGCUCAGCGUCAGCCUGCAGUGCGGCGUGCAGGUGCGGCAGAGACAGGAACCCCCAGGCAAGCCGGACCACCGACGCACCGCCACUGGCCUUCUUGUCCAUCUGGUAGCCGUGCUUGCAGGGGGCGAGCAUCUCCACCAGAAGCAGGCACUGGCGCUGCAUCAGAUAAGCCAACGGCUCCAUCAGCACCAGAGACGCACCUACAGACAGACAGGGGAGGCACAUACAUACAGGGGGAGUGUGACAGGGCGGGCGGGCUGCGUUGCGUACGUGGGGGCCUCUGUGGUGCGGAGGUGUAAGGCAGUAUGUGCGGGGUGAGCAUCUGCUUCUGCACGCCGCUCGCACUGAAGGACGACAGGGGGCGGUCAUACACUGCGAUCUUCGACGCCUCGCUCUUCACCAUAUACCUGCAGGCACCACACACCAAUCAGCAUCGACAUGCACCAUUACCACCCAUUAUUCCCCCUCUCACCGGCCAUUGGGUGUCGUGCGGUCGAUGAAGUGCAGCCGAUAGAAGGGCGCGCCCGUGAUGGGCAGAUUGGGCAGGUGGAAUGGCGGGGCGUAGCUGAGGCUGCUGCUGGCAUUCCGGGGGUCAGUGUCCAUCAGAUGCACACCCAACACAUGCUCCCUCAGGUCAAGGGGCGGGGGAACGGGUGGGGGAGGAGGCGGCGGCACCACACGAACCGGCAGCUCACACUCCUGCAGACGCCUGCAGCGGACCGGACCAACAAGCAGCACAGCAUUCAAUGCUCAGGAUACAAACAUGUCUGUCUCUGCUCCUUCCAUCCCCCCAGCUCAGCUCACUCUUUGGCGCGCAUUCUGUCAAAAAACGGAUAGCCCGCCAAUCUAGCGCCAAGUGCUUCCAAUCCACCAGGCGGCAACACCGGUGGGGGCGGCUGAACAGCGGGCUGGCCCGCCACCCCAGCAGCUGACGACAGCAGGGGAGGGGGAGACGACAGGGGCGGCUGUGGCUGUGGCUGUGGCUGGGGCGCUGUGACAUCUCCUUUCGGUGCCAGUGUUGGUCUUGGAUGGCUGGGCAGGGGAGGUGGGGAGGGGGCGAGAGGGGGGGAGGGGUAGCUGACGGCAGGGCUGCACGCCGCACACACACACACGGACAGGAGGAAAAGGGGGCGUCUCAAGUGACGUCUGGGCGUGAGGUGCUGUGUGUUUAUCUCUUUUCUGCCGCCAUUGGGCUACCUGGGUGCCUGUUGGGGCUCCAUUACUCAUCCACAGAGCGAAUAAGCUCGGCCGACCUCCUACGCCGCUUGUCGUGGGGCCUUCAGAACAGGGACCGUGUCGAUGCAGAAUUCAUCCG